UAGGGCACGGGACAAGGCUGCUGCCAUUUCUCUUGGAGCGGAUCUGCAGCACAGCGGUGAUGAGCUGCUGGAGCCUGGAGGAAGGGACCGCACCACCCCCGCUGCGUUUGGAGCUGUGCGUGCCGAGUUGCAUCAUGGGGGUUGGAGUUCAUCGUCGAGAUGAUUUUCAAGACAUUGGAAGUGAGCUUGGCAAAAUGGCGGACGUGUCUUUGGAUGAAGUGAUACGACAACGCGGAAUAAACGUUAAGGUGCCGGUUAAACGAACUAUGUUUGGACGGGGUGCAGGAGGGGUUGGCCGGACCUUUGAUGCCCGUCAAAGGAUUGGCGUGACUGAUGCUCGGCAACGACUAGGAGGAGGACCGGGAUUUCCAUUGAAAGAUGCCAGAGAAAAGCUGGUUCAGAAAGAUGCUCGCUUUAAAAUCCGUGGCAGAGGUGGAGCGACAGCAGGAGUGCAGGAUGCCCGUCAGAUGAUCAACUCGCGCAAACAGCAGCAGAAUGUGUUCACUGUGCCUGUACAGGCCAUCCAAAAGACAGCAGCGACACACCAACUGCAGAGCUACACACUCGUGCCACAGAUGAAGAUCCAAGCCAACAACCACUUUGCAGGUGUGAACACAAGGCUGUUUGGCCCAAACGUGCACGGACUGAGUGGGAGGGAUGGCGCCAUCGGCCAUCUUAACAAGGGAAUGACAGAUGCUCGUGAUAGGUUGAGCCUUAAGAGGAGCAUGAGUAGUGGGCCGCAAACCCUGGCAUCUGCUCUACUGCCUCUAAAAAUAACCAAGACCAUCCAGCGCCCAGUUGGAGUUCUUGGUGGAAUGCGUCUUCACUCACAGCCGGUCUCAAAUGAUCACGACGGCCCUCCAAAUAAACAAAUCAAAAUUACUACUUCCAACAAUUUGCUUCAGUCACGGGAUGGCCCAGUUGGCUCCCCAUUUUCCAUGUCAGCCCCAAUAACCAAGGUGGUUAAAAAUGAUGCUUACUCAGCCCCUCGCCCUCCUGUCCCCAUUGCCCCCACCCGGCCCACCGCUAGUACAACAACCCCUCGGCCUCCCGCUGCAGCCUUGAAGCCUGUUUCGAGGACUCUCCAGCACAGCUCGGCUCAACACAGCGCAGCGCCUCCACCCCCUCAGCCUAUUUUCAGCCCUUUGGAAGGCACCAAAAUAACAGUGAAUAACUUACAUCCCCGAGUCAGUGAGGAAGACAUAGUGGAGCUGUUCUGCGUGUGCGGUGCCUUGAAGCGAGCACGCCUGGUGAAGGUGGGCGUCGCUGAAGUAGUGUUUGUCCGCAAAGACGAUGCUGUUAGCGCAUAUCGAAAGUACAACAACCGCUGCCUGGACGGUCAGCCCAUGAAGUGUAAUAUUCACAUUCAGGGAAAUGUCAUCACUUCUGAUCAGCCCAUUCUCUUGCGACUGAGUGACACCCCGGGCGCUGGCAGUGGGGCCAAGAAAGAUGGCCUCCCUCCCGCCUUGUCUCGUUCUGCAAGCCAGAGAACGUCCCAGCCAACUCCUGAGGUGGACCCCCAGACAAUCCUGAAAGCUCUCUUUAAGUCCACUGCGCAGUCCUCCUCAACCACCGAGCCCCCCAGCUCACAGGCCACUGCCUUCCGCAUCAAAAUAUAGGUUGUCGCCCAAACCUGUUUCUGAACAUAUUGAUGCAUUCUCAGUGGGGUUCAUCUGGACAGCAAGACACACACCACAUGUAGAAAAGCAAUUUGACACAUUCAAUACUCAUAACGACUCAGUUGUAUUUAGCAUCCUGUGUUUUAUCGGUCUGCUAUUAGUCCCUGUUCUGCCAAGAUGGAAUAGUUGGACAACUGAAUUUUCCCCAAAGCCAACUAAUUUGGUGUGUGUGUAAUAUUACAAAUUAGCACCAAUUUGCUUACUUCACCCAUACCCAUUCAUGAUUCCUAUAACAGUAUUGUUUUUGAGCUGCACCUGUGUGCUCAGUUCAUUCAGUUUCAGUUCACAAGAGAAAAUAGACAAUAAUCCAAACUCAUAUUAUUACACGGGACGCUUAGGUUGCCUUCCUUGCUGUAUGUAUACCUGAUAAAAGGAGUCUUUUACACGGUUAAAUAAAAAAUAACCAGCGUGGUGGUCCAAUUCCAAAGUUUACUUUGUACGUAAACUAGUUUCACCCAGUCAGAUUUUGUUGUUGUUGAUUGUGUGACUUUCAUCAUUUUGAUGAUUGGCUUUAAUUUUUUGUUCCCUCCCGUAGUACACAUAUUUUGUACUGUAAAUCACUUUGAACUUUUGAUUUGCAAGUUAGAAAAAUAUUAGAGAGCUCAUAAACUGUCCUAUAAUGUCAUUAAAGAGCUAGCUUUGUAAAAAGGUU